CAGCAUAUAAACGCCGGCUCCUCAGCACAUCAAGCUCAGAGUGAUCUCCUCCUCAGAAGAGUUGAGACCAAAGACAUACUAAGAGUCCACUGCAGGUUAUUACACAUACCAGUUAAAAUGGAGUUGUUUUUAGGAUUACUUCAGACCCGUGGAUCUAAGACCUCAUGGAUCAGCUUGACCUUUCUAUGCUCAAUGGUGUGCAUGUGGACGACAGUAGAUGGCUGGUCCUACUUCUACUCUGACAACUACAUGAACUGGCAGCAAGCUAGAGACUGGUGCCGGGAGCACUACACAGACAUGGUGGCCAUCCAGAACCAGGAGGAGAUCAAGCAUCUCGAUAGCUGGCUGCCCAAGAAAUCCACCUACUACUGGAUUGGGAUCCGCAAGAUCAAUGAUGUCUGGACCUGGGUAGGAACAAACAAGGCUCUGACAGCAGAAGCAACCAACUGGGCAAUUGGUGAACCAAACAAUGGCAAGAGUGGACACAAUACAGGGUUGAAUGAGGACUGCGUGGAGAUGUACAUUAAAAGGAGUGCACAAGCCGGCAAAUGGAAUGAUGAGCGGUGCGGGAAGCUGAAGACCGCUCUGUGCUACGCAGCUGCCUGUAAGAACGACUCAUGCCUUUACGGAGAGUGUGUGGAAACCAUCAACAGCCACAAGUGUGAGUGCUUUGAAGGCUUUUAUGGAGAGCAGUGUGAGCAAGUUGUUAAGUGUAACGAAGAUGAAGUGACCGUUCCGAAUAAAGGAAGUGUAGAAUGCACUCACAAGUACGGAGACUUCUCCUACGACUCCUCGUGCCAGUACGCCUGUGAGGAAGGAUACCAGCUGAGUAUGUCAAGACCUCUGAUAUGCACUGCCUCCAAACAGUGGUCAGAGCAGCCUCCUACAUGUGAAUUGGUCCAGUGUCCGGAGCUGUCCAGCCCAGCAAGAGGAUCCAUGAAGUGCUCCGAUCCUCUGGGUCCCUCCAGCUUCCAGUCCACCUGUGUGUUUACCUGUGAUGAAGGCUACGUACUGGCUGGUUCUCCAUCUAACACUCUGCAAUGUGAAGCGUCAGGAUUUUGGAACGCCUCACAGCCAUCAUGUGUUGCUGUGCAGUGCCCUGAUCUCCAGGAGCUGGACAAUGGUGUUGUCAGGUGUGGAGAUGAUGUAGAUAGGAUGUUCAGCUACGAAAACACCUGCAGCUUCAGCUGCAACCCCGGCUACCACCUGGUGGGACCGAGCGAGGUGACCUGCACGUCAGCAGCUGAGUGGAGUCAGAGGAUGCCUCGUUGUGAAGCCAUCACUUGCCAGAAUCCAGAGGGAGAAGCUCACCUCAUCACCCUUUGCAGCCAACCUUUGUCUGACCUGCGGCCAGACUCCACCUGCAGGUUCAGCUGUGAAGAAGGCUUCGAACUGCGGGGAGCACACACCACUCAGUGCUCUGAGGAUGGACAGUGGAGUGAAGCCAUACCUACCUGCAAAGCAACUGGAUGUCCUGUUCCUGAGAUCCCCACAAAUGUCCAGAUCAGCUGCAGCCCCUCUCCGUCUUCACCUGUUUCUUCUGUGACUCAACAUCCACUUGGUAUGGUGUGCACUUUCAGCUGCGACGAAGGUCAUGAGCUGCAAGGUGCACUCAGCAUGGACUGUGCAAAUCCUGGCCAGUGGACCUCCACACCACCGAACUGCACAGCGGUGAGAUGCCCACUGCUCGAGGCGCCUGAAAACGGUCAUAUCAACUGCUCAAACAGUGAAUCAGUGUACAACUCACAGUGCUCCUUCGCAUGCAAUCAAGAUUACUCAUUAAUCGGACAUGAGCUGCUGACCUGUGAUCGCCAUGGCAAUUGGACUGGAGAGAUACCCACCUGCAAAGCUCUCUCAACUCAGACUGCUGCCAUCGCUUCUGUUGGGGUAGCUGGAGGCGCUCUGCUAUCUGGUCUGUCUGUGGCUAUGUGGAUCCUGAAACGACUGAAGAAGAAAGCCACCAAGUUUGAGCUGAACAGCACCUCUGAGAUAGAAGACCCUCCACAGUCCUACAAAAACAGCCUACGAGUCAGGCAACAAGCAGCAGCACGGCUGGAUUCAGCACACCACCUCACUACCUCACGACUUCCAGUGAGACACAGCCUGAAUCAGAUGUCUCAAGGAUCAGUUGGUAGACAAAGCCUGCAUCACAUGGUGCUGAUAGCUGCAUUGAUUGCAUUAGCCAGAGACCUGAGCAGCGGUGGAGGAGCACAGGCAUGGACCUACAGCUACAGCAUCAGUCCAAACCGUAGAUGGCUUGAAGCCCGCCAGUGGUGCCAGCGGCACUUCACAGACAUGGUGCCCAUCCGUAACAAGGAAGAGAAUGACUUUAUCAACAAUCUGGUGCCAUAUCAUUCAAGAUACUACUGGAUAGGCAUAGGCAAGAAGGAUGGAGAGUGGAUCUGGAAAGAAAACGAUGAAAAGGUGCCCAAAGAAGUUGAGAACUGGGCACCAGAGGAGCCAGAUGACAUAGCAGAGCAGGACUGCGUGGAGAUUUACAUUAAGAGGCGGCAAGACAUGGCCAAGUGGAACAAUGAGAACUGUCUCAAGAGGAAAGGAACCAUCUGCUACAGUGCCUCCUGUACACAGGAUUCCUGCAGUGCCAAUGCAGACUGUGUGGAGACUAUAGGGAACUAUACCUGCCUGUGCCAUCCUGGUUUUCUGGGAUCACGCUGUGAAGAGGCAAUCUCAUGCGAACCCUUGCUGGAUCCAGAACAAGGUUCUCACUACUGUUUCCAUCCCCACGGGUCCAGUCGGUUCAACUCUUCCUGCCGUUUCCACUGUGAACUUGGCUUUCAGUUGGUCGGCAUGCCACAACUGUUAUGCCAAGCCAGUGGACGUUGGAACCACCCCGUCCCUCUGUGUCAAGCUGAACAGUGUCCAGCUCUGAACCACACCAGCAUCAGCGCAGGUAGUUUGAUCUGCAACCACCCCAUUGCACCUUACAGCUACAACUCCACCUGUGAGGUCAGGUGUGAUGAAGGCUAUGAGCACAGUGGAGUGGACCAGAUACGUUGUGACCACACCGGCAAGUGGACAGCCAGUGUCCCAACAUGUACAAUAAAAAAGUGCUCCCCCAUUUUCUUCCCUGUCACGGGCAAUGUGACAUGUGUGGACGCUGUGGAGCCUUUCUCCUUUGGCUCACGGUGUAACUUCACCUGCCAGGAAGGCCGCUACCUGACCGGGGACAACACAUUCACCUGUCUGGCCUCGGGACAAUGGAGCAACCCUACACCUACAUGCACAGUGGUACAGUGCAACAGUUUAACGGCUCCGCCCCAUGCCUCCAUGCAAUGUCAGGACCCUCUGGGGACAUACAGCUUUGGGUCAACAUGUACGCUGCAAUGUGAAGAGGGAUUUGAUCUGAUUGGCACAACCAUUACAAAAUGUUCUGCACAGGGCAACUGGAGUCAUGCACUUCCUCUUUGCCAGGCUAAGAAAUGUAAUCCAAUAAAUCCACCUCAUGGCUCCCUGUCCUGUUCUGACCCAAAUGGUCUAUUCAGUUUUGGUUCUCUGUGCACGACAACAUGUGACGAAGGCUUUCUAUUGAAUGGGACAGCCAGCACUGAGUGCACCUCCCUGGGCAGGUGGAGUGUAGACGUACCACAUUGCUUGGCCAUGAGGUGUCCUGCUCUGAGCCCUCCCUCCCAUGGCUCAUUGGUCUGCUCUGAUCCCCACGAAGAGUUCAGCUUUGGUUCUCACUGCACGUCAACCUGUGAGGAGGGUUUCCUCCUGAAUGGGACGGCUGACACAGAGUGUACUUCUCUUGGCACAUGGAGCACGGACAUCCCACGUUGUCUGGCCAAAAGAUGUCCCACUCUGAGCUCUCCCUCUCAUGGCUCCUUUAUCUGCUCUGAUCCUUACAAGGUGUUCAGUUUUGGUUCACUGUGCACGUUGACAUGUAAGGAGGGCUUUGUACUGGAUGGGACAGCUAAUACUGAGUGCACCUCUCUGGGCAUAUGGAGCACAGACAUCCCACGUUGUCUGGCUAAGAAAUGUCCUGCUCUCAGUUCUCCCUCCCAUGGCUCCUUAGUCUGCUCUGAUCCUCAUCAAGAGUUCAGUUUUGGUUCUCGAUGCACAUCCACCUGUGAGGAGGGUUUCCUCCUGAAUGGGACAGCUGACACUGAAUGCACCUCUCUUGGCACAUGGAGCAAAGACAUCCCACGUUGCUUGGCUAAGAGAUGCCCCACUCUGAACUCCACCUCUCAUGGCUCCUUAGUCUGCUCCGCUCCUCAUGGGGAGUUCAGUUUUGGUUCUCAGUGCUCGUCUACCUGUGAGGAGGGUUUUCUACUGAAUGGGACGGCUGACACUGAGUGCACCUCUUUGGGCAUGUGGAGCAGAAAAAUGCCCCACUGUCUGGCUCAGCCAUGCCCCCUGCUGGCCAAGGCUCCACAACAUGGUAGGAUGAACUGCAGCCACCCAUACUCCUCUUUUAGCUUUGGCUCCCACUGUGACUUUGACUGCAAUGAGGGCUUCUGGCUGAGAGGAACACCAACUAUGACAUGCAACACCUCAGGCCACUGGAGUCAAGAUCUGCCCACCUGCCAGCCGGUGCAGUGUGAGGCCAUUAGUGCCUUGUCUUCAUCCCUGUCUAUGAACUGCUCCCAUCCUCUGGGGAAUUUCAGCUUUGGCUCCCAGUGUCUUUUCACUUGUGGAGGAGGAUCCUCCCUGAAUGGCACAGAUGUGCUGUCUUGCUCCUCCACUGGGUUUUGGAAUGACAGCCUGCCUAUAUGCAUAGGAGAUAUGCCAGUGGGGAAUGCCAUGCUGCUGUCAACGAGUGCAGGAGCAACCUACAUUCUCUUGCCACUUGUCCUGAUUGGACUGGCUUUGUUCGCUUUAAUGCGAUUAAAGAAAAAAAAAAAGAAUGUCAUGUAUGCGCCAGCAUGGGGGGAGCAUGAGAAUCCAGCAUUUGAAUCUGAGACCUGAGUUUUGCAGCAAAUCAUUUCACAUACUGAAGCCCAAUGCUUGCUGUUAUUAUACAAAGCUUGGUAGUAAUUGGUGCCAGAAGAUUACAGUGGAAUAAGAGCUUUACGUUAAGAGUGAUAUCGGUUUCCUCAGACAAUCCUUAAAAUGUAGAUAAUAAUGCACAUUUUGAAUUAUUUUGAUAAAAACACAAAGUUGGGUGCAGCUUGUGCUUGCUCUUGUAUAUUGCUUGAUUGUCAAUAAACUAUCA